UUGUGUUGUCGUCUCUAAGUUAGAAGAUCUCCUUUGAUUCAUCCUAGGAGAUUGAUCAUACUAUCGUGAAGUGUCCCUCUCUACACUUGUCAUACUCUCCUCCCGAAGAGCUCAAGUAAAAGUGACAAGUUCACAUCAGACGAAGAGCACAAAUUAAGUCACACUUCAGAAUGAAGGUCUUCAUUACUUUGGGUUUGUUUUUGUCAUUGGGGUUAUUGGCUCAGUGCGCUCCCCAAGAGAAGCCUGCUGUUCCCAAGGCCCCAAGUCAGCCAUCGCUUCUUGAGAACUUCAACGAAGUCAAUCCCGAUGGAACCUAUAAGUUUGGUUACAAGGCUUCCGAUGGAACAUUUAAAUCCGAAACCAAAGACAAGAAUGGAGUUGUCACUGGCAAGUAUGGCUUUAUCGAUGGCGAUGGUCAAUUGAAAGUGGUGGAGUACUCCAGCCAAAAUGGAACGGGGUUCGAGCUCCUAGGAGCAGAGCAGCCCACCUCCAUCCCCGCUGAAGCUUCUCCCGCUUCCAUUAAUCAACAACAACAACAACAGCAACAAUUCAAUCCUCAGCCAGCCGUGCCCACAGCUCAAGCUUCCGCCUCCUCUCAAAGCUCCAGCCCCUCCUCGGCGCCUGUUAAACUGUCGCCCCAACAAUUGCAAGCCUUCCAACAAGCUCAACAACCCCCGCCCACACAAAACCAACUUCUUACCCUGCAAGCCCAACAGAACCGUAUUCAAGCAGCCCAAAAUGCCGCCAAGAUUGCUCGAACUCAACAGGUUUUGUCUCCCCAACAGCAACAACAACAAUUACAACAACAACAACAACAACAAGGCCGCCAGCCCACUCCCUUUCAAGGCAAUCCCAUUCAACAACAGCAACAGCAACAGCAGCAACAACCUUUAACUGAGCAGCAGAUCUUGGCUCUUCAAGGCCGCCAACCCUCUGCCUUUCAGAUCAACUCUAACCAACGCCAACAGGUUCCUCAGUUCUCUGGACAAGUCCAACCUCAAGCUCAACCACAGGCCGUACCUCAAACUCGUUCCCAACCUGCUCAAACCCUGGCUCCCUUGGAACUCACUCAAGAACAAUUGGACUUUUUGAGCCGUCAAAGGCAACAGAUCUCCGUCGUCCAGGACCAGAUUGCUAACGCCAGGAAGGCCGGAGCUGAGUUUCAGCUUCCCUCUCCGUUUGCUCCCCAGGCCCCAGCUCAACAACAAAGACCAUUGCCCGGAGGCGUCAGCCCCUUUACUCGCGCCAGUUUCCCUAGUCAACAACAGCAGCAGCUGCAGCAGCAACAACAACAACAGCAACAGCAACAGCAACAACAAUUGUUCACUCGUGAGCAAGUUGAACAACUAUUAGCUCAGCAGAGAGGAGUCCAAAACCAAGCUGGCAUUCCUCCCCAAUUCCUGCAACAGCCCAGAGCUCUCGGAUCGGCUCCCACUGCCCAACGAAAGCAACCCGUCUUCAACGCCGCUACGUUCAAUCCCAAUGUCUCGAUCCGAUCUCAAUUCAACUCCUCAUAAGUUAUGUACCACGUUAUGCGGAAUUCAGACUCGUCCAUCAUCCAAUAACCAGCCAUAUUGGCCAGCGACAAAUGACAACACUCAUUCCAUGUAAUGAAAUUCUGGAACACCAACAAUAAACAACACUUCUAAA